AUGGUCAGGUGUGGGCUGCUUGUGCUGCUCGUCUUGGAGGCUUCCACCCUCGUGAGGACACAGACCUGCAGUCACACAUUCCCGAGCGGAUACUCCUUCGACCUGUCAGGGUUGCGGAGGCCACCAGGCGAGCGAGACUGGUAUGCCGACGACAGGAAUGGAAACAUGUACUACUUCAACAUCUGCGGGGAUGCCAACAAUGUCCCCGAGGCAUGUGUCUCCCUCAGGAAAUCCAUCAGCGCUCCAGCGUACGAGGUGAGCAAGGAAGGGGACUGUUUCUGGCUUGGCCAGAUGAGGGGAAUAUCGAUGCUGACGGCGAGCAGGGAGUGGGAGCUGAUCGACGAGACGGAGCCGGCAGCUGGGGUAGAGCUCUACUACUUCGAUGGGGAGCAGUGCCCAGGAGGAGUAGCAAGGGACGUGAGGAUUCAGCUGUUCUGCGACCCGGAGGCAGGAGUAGGAAAGCCGUUGGACUACUACGUGCUUGAG